AUGUGGCAAGAUGCCUCGCAGCCGAAGCGGCAGCGAGGAGAGCGCCCGCGGAGUGCACCGACUCCCGAGCUCUUGGUGCUGGUGGUGGACCCGCGGCUUCUUGACCUUUCCGAGGUCACCUCGAAUUCGCCGCUCUUUCCGGAGCUUUGGGGAAGCUUGCAGCUCUUUCUGCGAGCCUUUGGAGCAUUGGCCCUGGAUCAAAAGGCUGUGCUUCUCGCAGCCUCGUCAGCAGGUCCUGUGCGACUUUCCGAGGAGCAGUCGGGUGGCUCCAGCUGGGAGGCCGCCUUCCGCAAUGCCAUCGCGCUGCCACGCGAAGGUGAGCCUCAGAUGGCAGCAGCGAUCAGCUCAGCUCUUUGCCUCGCACAGCGGCGGAAGGCCGAGAGCUCGGAGAUGAAAUUGCAAGCUCGGAUUCUCGUCAUCGAGGCAGCGGGCAGCCAAGUCGACUAUCAGGGGCAGAGUUCCGCCCUGGUCAAUGUGGCCUUUGCAGCUAAAGCGGCCUCUGUACUCGUCGAUGGGCUCGCGCUGGGCCCCUGCACGUCCUUUCUGCUGCGCCAGGUUUGCAUCUUGGCACAGGGCAAGCACCUGGCGCUGCCCUCCAAGCGCGUCGACUCCAAAGGCCAAAGCAUUCCCCUACCGGAGGUCCUUGCACCGUCAUUGCUUUUCCAUUUCCUCGCUUCGGCUGACGUUCGCAAAGAGUUGCUUGUCGCUCCCGACUACGAGCACUUGCCCGCCGUCUGCCGCUGCCACGGCACUCCGCAGGACGUGGGCUACGUCUGCUCCUGCUGCCUGGCCAUCUACUGCUCAGAUGCUCUGGCAAUUUGCCAAGUGUGCGGGACACGAUUCAAGAGAGACCGCGAGGUCGACUGCAGCAUCAAGGACCUGGAUCCCGACGCGUUCCGUCUCCUGACGGCUGCCCAGCGCGCGCCUGCGUGA